AUGCCGACGACUCAUGUAAAGGCUGCGGUGCGUGUCCGGCCUUUGGUAGAGAUGGAGAUGGCACCCACGCCAAGCGCGUCGUCACCGCCGCCGCCACCGGGCGACUCCCACUCGCACGACACCGGCGGGACGAAGCUGUCGUACUCGGAAGUCAUUCGUGUGGUCACGGCUGCGGGACGACUUACGCGACCCAUGACUAGUCCAUACAUGCUGGAGGUGCUGCGUCCACCAACUGUAAGGAUCGGAUGUGGACGUAGCGUUCAGCGCCACUCUAUGCCUACACGUCAAUCGCGGCUGCAUAACCCCGGGAACGGCGGCGGCGGCGAGGGUCGGUGCGAGGUGGCAACGGUCUACACCUUUGACUACUGCGCCGGCCCCAGCACGACGCAGGAGGAGUUCUUCGACAUGUUAGAGAUGCCAGCGCUCUGUGAGGCGGCGCUUGCGGGCGAGGUGGUGACGGUUCUUUGCUUUGGGCAAACAGGCAGCGGAAAGACGUACUCGCUAAGCGGGCGCACGCUUCCAGCGCCGGCGUCUGCGGGACCAGUCUCUGAUGUCCCUACGCCGCUGGUCGCCGAGGAUGGGCUGCAGUACCAGGCCGUGUACUACAUCGCGCGCCGACUCAAGGAGCUGCGUCGGUCGUCAAGGAAACUCAAGAGCAGACGCCAAGGCAGCGACGGUGCGUCUGUUGGAGCUUCUGCCUCCUCGGCCACGGUGGUGACGUCCAAGUGCUCCUACGUCGAGCUCUACCAAGAGUCCCUCUACGAUUUGCUCCAGCCAGACGGCGGAGACGGGCUGCAGUGCCGCUGGUCAGCUGCGGCUUCGUCCUUCUUCGUCGAGGGCUCACUGAUGGUGGAGUGCCGCGGCCGCGAGGACUUCCUGCUCGUGUUGCGUGAGGGACAGCGGAAUCGGCAGCGCGGCAGCCACGCGCUCAACCUGGACAGCAGCCGCUCUCAUGUUGUCUUCACCGUCUUCUUCGAAGCGCGAGACGAGGCGGCGGCUGCGACCUCUGCGGGGGACAUUGGCAGUGACGGUGCACCGUCCUCGCCGCUUGGUGCGUCAGCUCCCCUCUGCACCACCCGGUACGGACGACUCGUCUUUGUCGACCUGGCUGGAUCGGAGAGGCUCAAGAAGACGCUUUCCACCAGCACUGCAGAGACGAAGUCCAUCAACAAGUCUCUCUUCACCCUCGGCCGUGUGCUGGAGCUCCUCUCCGCCCCGCCACCUGCACCCUCUACGAAGGUGCUGACAUCAGCGUCAUCCGAUGCCGUCACACCGUCGAAGGCAUUGGCGCCGCCGCCGCCGUUCAUACCCUACCGCUCAAGCGUUCUUACUCAGCUCCUCAUGCACAGCCUGGAUGGGCACGGCCGCACUGUGAUGGUCGCCUGCGUGAGCCCGAGCGCGCUGCACCUCGAGGAGUCCCUGCGCACGCUGCACUACGCAGAGCGGGUGCGGCACAUUCGUGCGGUGCCAGUUGUGCAUGUCGACACCGCAACGCAGGAGCGGAUGGCGCUGGAGGAAAAGGUACAGGCGUUGCGCAAGGAAAAUGCGCUGCUGCGCCGCGCACUGGGGCUUACAGGGGUCGGCUCACUGGAAGCCGGGCAAGUAGAGGCUCGGCUGGAGGAGCUACAUCGUGCGUGGGCUGCGGGUCAGCUUGCAGCACUUCCUUACGAGGCGCCGUCACAGGGUGCCGCCGCCCCUUCAUGGCCUUCCUCAGCGCCACAACAAGGACAGGUGGUGCGUGCAUGUCCGUCUCGCCCUGCAGUGCCCUUCGCAACGAGUGGGACCAUUGUUGCCGCAGUCCCCACCGACCUCCGAGCAUCAACACCGCAGACUGUGGUGAUGUCCUCCACGGAGAGCGAAGCGAAUGAUGAGUCACCAAGCGGCACAGACGAUGUUGUGCCAUCGUCGCAUAACCCGCACGCCGCCGCGGUGAACAUCUUGGAUUUGCUGGAGUCGCUGCCGGACACACGGUUAAUGUACACGUAG